AGUAGUGGUGGUGCUAGUAGCAGCAGCAUUCGUUCUUCAGCCAACGUCACUUUCAGCGUUGCAGUAGCAGUGCCGUGUUGGCUGACUCUCCACCUUUCUUGCGCUCUCCACGUUUUUCGCGCAGCCACUUCUCUUUCUCUCGCUCUACAAACCUAUCUACCUACCUCCCUCCCUCCCUCCCUCCCUCCCUUUCUCCCUCUAGUGGUGGCUCUAUUCUCUCCUUCUCGCCCACCCCCUCUCCCUCUGGCUCUUUUCGCUUCGGUACUUUGGGUCUGUCUUCCUAUCCUGCUCUACUCAGGCGUUCUUCUUUCACCCUUCGUACUCUGCUUUCCUAUUAUUUCUCGCCGCCUCUCUUCCUCUAUCGUCCUCUCUCUCUGUCUCCAUUUUCUUUUGCAUCGGUGGAUUUCUUGCAACGCCUGGGUUUCGUUCUCUCGCUCUCUUCUUGCCCGGCCGUAGCCGCCGCAGCCGCCGCCGCCGCCGCUGCCCUCGACGUCUGAGCCAACAAGCAUGCGUGCUAUGUCAGCUACGUCGGCUGCUCUGCCACGGCUGUCAUACAGCAACACCCAACGACGACUAGCACCAUGACGACCACUCCGUCCGCAUCGACGUCGCUGUCGUUGCCGCUACCGCCACCGCCGCCAUCACUAUUGUCCACGGUGUUUUUCUCUUUUGCUGCUUUUUACUUCUCUUUUUCUAUUGCUGCCAAAGAGAGCCAUGCCUCUGGUUUUCAUAUCGCCCCCUUCCCUUUCUCUCUCCCGCUCUUGCUCAUCGUUCGCGGUUCGUGUCCUAACAGAGCGAUGCUGCCCAGUUCAGUAGCAGUACGGGUUCGGUAGCAUCGCCGGUUCGUUCGUUUACUGGCAAGCAGUGAGCAGCAGCAGCAGCAGCUCCAUCCGUCCGUCCGUCCGUCCGUUCGUUCCUAUGUCCUCCCUCUAGCGCGCCACUCGUUUCAUUCGAUCGGCGGAUGAACGACGGGCUUGGCUUGGCUUGGCACAAGCCCACCAGCCCAGCAAAGAAACGACCGACCCACCGACCGACCGACAAAGCUGCAGCAGCAGCUGCAAUAGUUCUCUUUUGUGCCCAUUCGCUAAUGCCAUCGGUGCGGUAGAGCAGUAGGGGCGGACGCGGCAGCAGAGGACGCUCUCUCCUCUCCCUUUUGGCUCUUGUUCCGCUGCUUCUGCUGCCGCCGUCGCCACCUCCCGCUUUCGUUCCCGGCGGCAACGACCAUCGCUCAGACGGCAGCAACCCGACGGCAGGGGCCAGCCGCAGCGGCAGCCAUUGUCUCUACCGGGUCAUUCGCUCUGCCUCCGCAAAUCGUACAAGUAGUGCUAUCGGGAGCGUCGGCAGCUAACUGCUGCUGUUGCUGCCGCCGCCGCCGCCGCCGCUGCUGCGGAUGAUGCUUAGAGAUGAGAGAAAAAGGGGAGAGAGCAGGAGGGUUAGCACGAUCUUCAUGCUGGUGGCAGUAGAGGAUAUCGUGUUGGCUGGCCGACUCUGCUGCCGCAGGACUGCUACGGCGACGAGUGUCUAUAUGGCAGUGGCUGCAACGCACUGUUUCACUCUCUUUGCUGGCAGCAGCAGCAGCAGCGGCGGCGCUGGCAGCAGCGGCGGCAGCAGCAGCAGCAGCAGCGGCGGCCACGGCCGCAGCAGCCAGAGUCGCUCGCUCGCUCGCUCACUCACCCACUCACUUGCUCAGUCGCCGGUCGUGAUCAUCGUCGUCGUCGUCGUCGUCAUCAUCGUCGUCACAGUCGCUCGCACACUCCUUCUAUUUGACCGCUCACUCGCAAGCGGCCAAGAGCAGCAGCAGCAGCAGCAGGCAGGCAGCUCGCUCGCUAGCUUCGCUCAUCGCCAUCGUCGUCGCCGUUCGCUCGUCCGUCUGUUCGCUCGCUGCCACUACGACAACUAGUAAUAGUGGCAUUAUUACUAUUACGAAAGCUCGCUCCGAACCAGCAGCACCAAAACUGAGGUGCCAGGAGCAGCGGCAGCAGCCAGCCAACGCUGUUGGUGUUGGCAGCCGCCCUGGCGGCCGCUUCAAGCGAACGGCAGCAUCGCGUCAACGAGACCAGGAAGGAAAAAGGAAGAGACGAGGACAACAAACUACGAGCAGGGAAAAACAAAAGACAAAAGUACGCCGACGAGGACUAACUAGAAAUCACAGCAUUGGCUAAAAGACGACGAAUACGACGAAGUAAAUGGCCGGAGUGAGAGUGGCCACCGAGUGAGUGAGUCAAUGAGUGAGUCAGUGAGUGGUGGUGAUCCUGUGCGAAGCGAAGUGUCUGUGCAGCUGUGGACGGAAGGCGGCCUAGAGCCUGCCUGCCUGCCUGCCUUCCGUAAGCAAAAUCCUCUAACCUGACUCGGUUCGAUUUCAAUCUCUAUCGCAGGACACAGACAUCAUCGGCAUUGGCAGCAGCAGCAGCAGCAGCAGCAGCAGUAAUAGUAAUAGUGGUAGUAGUAGUAGAAGCGCUCGUGGUGACGGCGGCGCAUUCGUGUGCUGUUAAGUGAGGAACAGCAGCAGCAGCAACAACAACAACAGCAGCAGUCGCGACAACGACAACAAAAGCCACCACAAGCACAACAUAAAGAACAACAGGAUACAAUUCGUUCUCCUCAAGAGGUGCAGGACAGUACAGAAAAAAAAAGUCGUUUCUACUUGUCAUGUCCGGAAGAAGGCUGUAAAAAUUGAGCGACGCAUAGAUUGCACAGCCUGUAUUGCCUCAGCAUCGUGAACCCCACCCUCCGGCAGAUUUCCCCUAAGGAGACGAACACUAAAGGAAGGAAUAUCGUGCCGGCGGGGCUACUGUGUGCGUGAAUCGAAUUUGAUGAUCCAUACAAUUUACUAGUAAUGAUAAUCUGAAGAAAGAGAAACAACCGCUAGGCCAAGAUCAGUAACAUCCGUGUCCGCAUUCUGGUGUACGACGACGACGACGACGACGACGACGACGACGACGACGACGACGACAACAACAACAACAACAACAACAACAAUGAUGAUAAUAACGACAACGAUUAGAGUGUGAUCUGUGUGGUAACGGGAAAAGAGUGCGCCCAUCUGUAUUUCGCACAGAAGCCGAUCAAGCGACUGCCUCCUGACCAAGAAUCGGGUGCCAUUAAACAGCAGUACACAUUGCGUUGUCUAGGCUUUAAUUUUCAUUGACUACGACAGAACCACUACGUCGCCUGCUAGGAAUUGACAGUUCCACUCGCUGCCUGCCAGCUCCUUAAACAAAGGGGGAGGAAACAAUUAAACAGCAGCAACGAGCACCUACAAAUAUCAUGUCGUCAUGGAUCGUCCAGGGGAUUUACCCCCAUAUGAUGAUCAUUCCUCCAGCGGGAAGUCAAGGUGCUGCUACGCACGGCGGACUUCCGCUUCCUCCUCAGGCGCCCGGAGCUCCCCAGCAGAAUCAGGGGGGUCCCACAGGGCUCCCGCCUGGACCUCCCGGAGGCCCUGGCCUCAACGGGCAAGAACAACAGCCCGCCAACCAGCAGGACCCAAACCCAUUCGCCGCGGCAUCGGCUAGCGCAACGGGUGGUGGCUUUGUCGGCGGCGGGACAAGUACUACCGGGGCAGCUGCUGGGGGUGGCUCAAAAAAGGGGCCUCAGACCGGCGCCCCCGGGGGGUCGGGUGACAACGCUGGGGGCACAGCAGCGAGUGGAAGCGGUGGAGGCAGAGGUAGCACAGGGAGCGGACCAGGUCGGGGAAAACGUGGUGGAGUACCCGACGGAAAGUUCAAGUGUGACCUCUGUCCCUAUGCGACCAACAAGGACUGGCACCUGCGACAGCACGAGGUUUCCCACUCCGACGAAAAGAAUUUUACCUGUGAACAUUGUGGUAGCGGGUUCAACCGAAAGGGCAACCUGAAACGCCAUAUGAUGAUCGUGCAUGAGGGUGUGCGAUAUUCGUGCACGGUGUGCGGUAAGCAGCUCACCUCUGAUGCUCACCUUCGCUCGCACAUGAGUCGGCAUUCACAACCCUGGGAGCUCACUUCGGAAGGGCAUCUUCGGUCAAACACAACGACACCAACAUCAACAGCUGUCGUUGCCCGAACGCCGUGGGAGUACAUGUUGGAACCUCGGCCACGCGCCUCGCACAAAGGAGUCAAAGAUGGCCGCUUCAAGUGCGGGCAGUGCGACUACUCGACCAACAACGAGUACCACAUGAAGCAGCACGGAGUCGUGCACUCACAGGACAAGCCUUUCGUGUGUGAUGCGUGCGGCGAGGCGUUCAACCGCAAGGGAAACCUCCAGCGGCACAAGGCCAUUCUGCAUGCGGGUCUUCGUUAUCCAUGUAACGUUUGCGAUAAGCAGUUCCACUCCGACUGUGCCCGGCGCAAACACGUCGCCAAGCACUACCGGGAGAUGCGUCUGCUGCCAUCGGCCACAACCCCGCAGUCGAUGGCGUGCUCCGUGCAGAGCCUGGCAGGAGGCCAGGAACUUAAUAUCUUGCCGCUGAAGGCCGCCCAGCCGCUGAUCGGCCACGCUCCCACGUGUCCCCCAGUAUCUCCUUUCCGACCCCUUCCUCCCGGGGCGACUCAGGCCCCACCUCCGCCCCUUGCAGCUCACCCUCCUAAUAACGCUCCCGCGUCCAACGACGACUUCAAGCUCACAGCGGCCUCUGGCGACUUCAAGCUCGCGGCGGCGACCAAGAGCAUGGAAUUGCUACAGGGCGUAACUUCUGGGCAGAAUUCGGGGCAGGCACAAAGUACAGCGGCCUCAUCGGCGGCUGCGGUUCAGGCCGCUGCUGCUGCGGCGGCCGCCGCAUCGUCUGGGACCGUGGUGCCAUAUGGUGGCGGUGUAUCGGUGCCGGGCGCGGGCGCAAUGGGCCCCUCUAGCGGGGCUGCUCCACCCGCCCCCCAACCGCCAGGACCGCCCAGGGCGCCGCUUAAGGAUGGCCGCUACCGGUGUUCACAGUGCGACUACACAACAAACAAGGACUGGCACCUGAAGCAGCACGAGGCGUCGCAUUCGGGCGACAAGCCGUUCAACUGCGAUGUGUGCGGAGCCAGCUUCAAUCGGAAGGGCAACUUGAAAAGGCAUCGGAAUAUCAUCCAUGAGGGAAUUCGAUAUCCAUGUCUGGUGUGCGACAAGCAGCUGACGACCGAUAGCCACCUGCGCGCGCACAUGAACAAACACAACGGCUACAAACCAUACAAAUGCCAGUUCUGCGAGGCCACCUUCUACCGGAGCGACAAGUGUCGGCAGCACGAGCGGAAGAACCACCUUAACAAUGCUGUAGUGCCAGCCACUAAACAGUAAACAGAAAAACAAACGAUGAAAUACAAUAGAAUAAAAAAAGGGAAUUAUCAACAAACUCCUUCAGUGGCACAACAACAAAACACAACACAAAACAGCUACCAGCCGAAACGAUUUCAUCGCGUAAGCUAACAAAACAACCGAACAUUGAAGAGAGAGAUCAGGCAAAGUAAGGAAAGGGCAAAAGUAAGAAGAGGUACACUUCGCUCAUCGAAAACGAACACCUCGAGUACAACAACUCUCUACCUCAAUUGAAGACCAAUUCCUGCUUAGACGUUAUCAUAAAUGAGACGGAGAACGGAAAUGAUUAGUAACA